CUUUACCUCCUCCCGGAGCAGUGCCACAUAUAUCUGUGCUUGGGGAAACUUCACCCAAAGCCACUUUCUUAAAACAGUUCCGUCCAACGUCACAUUACAGCAGACAUGGACCACAUGAUCAACUGGAAGGCAUUGGACAAUGUCCCUUUGCUCUUCUACAUCUUGGCAUUGAAGACCCUGGUCUUGUGCCUGGGCUUCGCUGGAGUGAAGAUCUAUCAGGCUAAGAAGGAAGAGGCCAAGCUGAAGAUACAGAGGGCAGAGCAGAGGAGGAUAGCGGAGCAGGUGCAGGAGCUCCUGGAUAACGAGCUCCUGGACAACAAGAAGGAUGACUGACCCGGAGGAACUAGGGAGAGUGUGAGCAGAUGAAAGGAACUACAGUAUGUCACCUGCCUGGGGACCUACAUGCUCCAAGGAUGGGACGGAGCUCUGAUUGGCUGGUCUGGGGAGGAAGUGUUGAGAAUGUCUAGUUCCUGUUGGACAGUACUCACCCAGAACAGGCCUGGGGUCCUGGACAUUGCUGCGGGUGUCAUUCUUUUUUUACACAAACUUUUAACUUCAGAGCCACCAGAUGUUUUGUAAAUAAAGACUGUUUUUGUACCUCU